GCUUUUCCAGGAGCGGCGGGGCGGGGCCUGGCGGCAGAACGGCCACGUGCGUCAGGGGGAAGCAGGAAGUGACUGCCGGAGUGGAGCCGUUGGAGCGAGCCGAGCGGGGGCUGAUGGAAGUGGAGUGGGGGCUGCAGAGGGCACCCCACUAUAUCCAUCAUGCUGCAAGGCCACAGCACUGUGUUCCAGGCCUUGCUGGGGACCUUCUUCACCUGGGGGAUGACGGCAGCUGGGGCAGCCCUCGUGUUCGUAUUCUCUAGUGGACAGAGGCGGAUCUUGGAUGGAAGCCUUGGUUUUGCCGCAGGGGUCAUGUUGGCAGCCUCUUAUUGGUCUCUCCUGGCCCCAGCAGUUGAGAUGGCCACAUCCUCAGGAGGAUUUGGUGCAUUUGCUUUCGUCCCAGUGGCUGUGGGCUUCACACUCGGGGCUGCUUUUGUCUACCUGGCUGACCUCCUGAUGCCUCACCUGGGUGCAGCAGAAGACCCCCAAAUGGCCCUGGCACUGAAUUUAGACCCUACGUUGAUGAAGAAGAAGUCAGAUCCCGAGGGCCCAAUGCUGCUGGUCCCCGAAAGCGAGCUCUCCAUCCGGAUAGACAAGAGUGAGAACGGCGAGGCGUACCAGAGGAGGAAGGUAGUGGCCGGCGGCCCCCCUGAGGGCCCUGCUCCCCUGACAUCUUCUCGAGGGCACCUAGCACAGCCCAGCAGCAGCAGCUGGAGGAGAAUCAUGCUGCUUAUCCUGGCCAUCACCAUACACAACAUCCCAGAGGGUCUUGCUGUUGGAGUCGGCUUUGGAGCCAUAGAAAAGACAAUGUCAGCCACCUUCGAGAGUGCCAGGAAUUUGGCCUUCGGAAUUGGAAUCCAGAAUUUCCCAGAGGGCCUGGCUGUCAGCCUCCCUUUGCGAGGGGCAGGCUUCUCCACCUGGAGGGCUUUCUGGUAUGGGCAGCUGAGUGGCAUGGUGGAGCCCCUGGCUGGGGCCUUUGGGGCCUUCGCUGUGGUGCUGGCUGAGCCCAUCCUGCCCUACGCUCUCGCCUUUGCUGCAGGCGCCAUGGUUUACGUGGUCAUAGAUGACAUCAUCCCUGAAGCCCAGCUCAGUGGUAACGGGAAGCUGGCAUCCUGGACGUACAUCCUGGGAUUUGUGGUGAUGAUGUCACUGGAUGUGGGGCUGGGCUAACACCAAGACCCUUCAGACCCCAGGAAAGCCAGCACCAGACUUCUGCGGGACCACAACCCUUGUCUUCAAAUUAAAACACUGUUCUUUUCUCUCCUCUUCAUCUCAUUAUUUGGAUCCACCCUGAUGAAAAUCUGACCACUUUUCCUUUGCUUUUGAGGGAGAUACUGGCUUUCUUUAGAAUCUCAUGGUGUCAUGGAACCACAGGGUUUUGUUUUGCCCAUGGAAUGAAUAUGCCUUAGCUGGGGUUGUCAAGGACAUACAGAUCAGGGAAAUCUCUCUUUUCCUCCCUCAGUCUCCCUCACUAGACUCUUUGGCAGCUCCUCAAGGCCACCCACAGAAGUAAGUUCCCAGAAGUCUCUUGAGCGCUUAGGCCUUGGGCUCAGCACAGAUUGGUGGCACUGCUCUGCUCCUUCAGUGCAGAGCUUCUGCCCCCUCAGAAUGCAGAAACUAGAGCUUCACGGAUGCGACACCCUUUUGCUGAGGCCGAGUCAGCCUGAAGAAGAAUGCACCUUCCUCUCCCUCCCCCAGAGCAUGGGAGAGGCCACAGACAAAGGGAAGUUAGCCAGUCUGUUUGUCUUUUUCUUUUUUUAAGGCAAAAAUCUGCAUUACUGAUGUUAAAGGGAUUCUGAUAUUAGGACGACUGCAAACACAGUGAACCCUGUGGAAAGAGGAGUGUAGCUUUGAGCAGAGCUCUCUGCUCUCAGUGGGUUCUAAGAAUAGAGUGUUCAUCGUGGUCCCCAAACUCCUAGGCAUUCAUUCAUUUAAGCUUCUAGGCUCCAUCUUUCUAACAGACUUGAGAAUACCAGCAAACUGCUAAAACCCCAACUCUCCACUAAUUGAUGGAGGUGAAGGAAGGGCAUUUGGAGCCUACAGUGGCUCUUUCCCUGCUGACCAUUUGGUAACUUAUCACCCAGCCAGAGACUCUUGAGCUGCAAUGGGCUUGACUGUAGUCUGGCCAGAAGGCUUAGGAUGGAACAGGAAGAAAAGUAGAAAAAAAAAAAGAGAGAGAGAUUUUGACAUUGCCUUCUUAAAGUAAAUUUUAGCUAAGUUAUUAUGAAAGGACCAUAAAUGAUUGGAACUAGACUAGAAGCCACAUAACUUCUCCAGCCAGGGCCACAGGACCUGUCUGCUUCAACACAGUGAAGGCCUCUCUUCUCACUCAGAGAAGUUUUUGGGAUUUUGAGUGGACUCUGCCAAGAAGGCAGCCAACCCAAAGAGCCAGGCAUUCAGGCAUUGUGUUAUCGAUCCCUGAUCUCCCAAGUUUACAUGUCCAGUCAUUUCCAAGGGUGAAUCUCCUGCUCUGUGAAUGCUCUAUGAAGACCAUGAAAGCCAGCCUUUCACUGGGUCUGUGUAUGUUCUUCCAAAGCACUGAUGAUCAAAACUGAAGAUGCAUUCAGAGAUUGGAUUGGUUGAGAUUAACUGAGUUCACUGAUGAUCAAAACUGAAGACACAUUCAGAGGUUGGAAUGGUUGAGAUGAGCUGGGUUGGUGGUUAUUGUAUGUGUAUGUUUCAUUGUUUUAUGUCUUUGUAUACAGUUCUACAUAAUGCAAAUUGUUCUUUCUGCUGAAUAAGACAUUGUAACUGUGAUUAUUAAUAAAAGGAAUAUUGUUGUGGAA